ACUCACAAGCAUCCAAAAAAGCAGCCCCGAAAAAAAGGUUCCAGUGAGCAGUAAAAGCAAUAAUGGCCGCUUCUCAUCAAAAGCAGAGAUAUUGAUCUCCUAAAGCAAACACAAUCAAAAGCGGAGAGAUAAAUUAAAGAGUAGAGAGAGAGAGAGAGAGAGAAAGGGAUACAGGAACAGGAGCACAAAGCGAUAAUGGCGGUUUCAGUGACCAUCUUGGCUAUCAUCGUCUCUCUGCAUCUCAUAGCUCUCGUCCUUGCCAUCGGCGCCGAACGACGUCGUAGCACGGCCAAGGUGGUACCUGAUGAGUACGACGAUAGGACGUAUUGCGUGUAUGGCACCGACGCGUCGACGGUGUACGGGUUGACGGCGUUCGGGCUGUUGCUGAUUAGCCAAACGGUGGUUAGCGGCGUUACCAGGUGUCUAUGCUUUGGGAAAGGGCUUGUAAGUGGGAGCUCCACCACUUUGGCCAUCUUCUUCUUCAUCCUUUCCUGGAUUAGCUUUUUGGGAGCUGAGGCAUGCUUAUUGGCGGGGUCAGCGAAGAAUGCAUACCAUACCAAGUAUAGAGGAGCCUUUGGUGCAAAGGACUUGACAUGUGCCACACUCCGCAAAGGCGUUUUCGCUGCCGGAGCCGCUCUUACAUUGUUGUCACUGCUGGGCUCAAUCCUUUACUACUGGGCUCACUCUAGAGCUGAUACUGGUGGGUGGGAGAAGUAUCAGAAUGAGGGCGUUGGCAUGACCAGUUCUAAUUUCCCAUCUAGUUUCCCACCACAGCAGCAGCAGCAACAAAAUAGUGAAUUUCAGAAGGUCUAAUUGUGUGAUGACUUAUGUCAUAUUCCACAAUUUUGGUGACUUUUUGUUGAGGAAGAAAAUGGAUAGAUAAAAAUUCAAAUGUUACCUUAAUGAAGCUACAGACGUAUAUAUUUAUGUAGUAUUAAAAGUUAGAACACAGUGUUGUGUUUGUUAAUAGUUGGAAUUGUGUUUUUGGAUCUUUCUCUCUGUACUUUUAUCAUUCAAGGUCUUGUUUCUUUGCCCCAUCUCCUACAGUACUGUUGCUUUCUGGCCCUUUUUGAUAUUUGUUGAAGUACUGCGUCAUUUGUGAUGGAACUACUUUCCUCGUCCCCAAGAGGCAGUGAAAUAGACUGUUACAAUGGACUUUUGGAUUU